GGUGUUAUUUGCGACGGAACGUGUAAUUAUUGUAGAGCUGAGACGAGCUUACGGAGUGAAAUGUUGCUUCAACUGGUGACACUGUCGGCCCUUGUGAUGAUAGUAAUAACAGAACAAGGUUCAUGUCCUCCUACGUUAGCGGUGGAUCUGCGUGAUGCGAAUUGUGGUCCAGACAAACCAUGCAAUAACUCACAAAUCUGCUGUCCUACUUGGCAUGGAGGCGCUAUGUGUGUAGAUCCUGUCACUCGUCGCCACUUCACCACACUUGUGAAGAGAGGUCGCUGCCCAGAUAAUCCACGUGGAACGUGGAUAUGUGCCGACUCCUGUACGGGCGACUCAGAUUGUCCGCGUACGCUUAAAUGUUGUCGUAACCGCUGCGGAGCACUGACCUGUCAGAAACCAGAUCCCGAACCAGACACAACGGUGCCAACACCUACUACACUCGCACCGGUUGUCCCUGAUACGCAUCAACCGAACCCGGAUAUAGUACCAAAUUCGGAAGCAGCAAGAUCUAAUGGGGAUAGACCUACGUCUAAUCCGAUGGAGCCAUUCUUCCCAUCUGUGCCAACGUAUAAUCCAUCAGUAAUUUCCACUAAUAAUCGGGUUCCUGCAACAUUUCCAGCGAAUUUGUUACCGGUCCCGUCUGAACCUUUUCCAAUGACACCCGGAUCGUACUCAGCGAUGCCAGGAUCGUACCCAAUGGGUACAUUUUCCUAUCCAACAGCAUCCACGUAUAAUAGGGGUUUCUUUACUUUCUAUUUUCCGGUACCUACAUCAUCCUCAGACACACGUGCAGUUCCGGAUUUGUCCGAGAAUAACAGAGAUACUUCGGCCUCUCAGCCAAGGAGUAAUAACAGGAUUAGUUGGCCAAAUGGCAAUAACAUUUUAGGUUAAAAUGUAAAAUGUUUAGUAAUUUGUUUGUCAAACUACGUUCUCAAGCAACUGAGAAUGUUCGAUAUUUCUUACUUAAAAAAAUAUAGGAAACAAUCGACGAGUGCUUUCCGCCAAUUGACAAACCCUUCCACAUGAUGGUAAGCAUUAUAGUGUAUGCCAUUGAUAAGAUAAGAAAAGAGUUUAAUCUAAUAAGAAUUUAAACAUUUAUAUUAUAUUUUGUUGCUUAAAAUUGGUAAACUUAACGUGCUUUGCAGUCAAUAAACUAUAUUGACUGCAACGAUGAAAAUUAAUGCAAUAAACUAACUACGCAUCUUCAGCCUUAGGUACUUAUAAAAAACCACAAAUAGCCCUUUAAUCAUUAUUUAGGUAAGCAUUAUUUAAGAUUUUAAACACCAUUUAACUUUCUUAUUACCUAUAAAAAUGUUAAACACCGCUUAGUUAAGUAACGUUUAAUAAAGAAAAAAUAAUUAUCGUGGCAACAUUAGAAGAUUAAUAACUAUAGAAAGCCAAAAACAGAAAAAAUCUUGUCAGAUGGCUGUCAUUUGACAUUUGGAGCGAAAAUCGAAAAAUUGACUUGAGGACGAAGUUUGUUACACAAAAUAAGUGGUGUAGUGGAUCGUAUCGUUUCUUGUACGUCUUUGGUCGCCUACGUCUAAAGUACCGCAAAUCUGCUGUACCACGCCGAAAAUGUUCCAGUUUUUCACAAUAUCAGUAAAUUUAUUCACAAUAAAAAUCAAAACAAAUCUGCUUAACUCAUUGACGUUUUCUAACCUGCUGAUAAUGUCAGCCAUCUCGUUAGUUAGCGAGUUAAACAAGGUCCCUAUGGUGUUGACAGGUAUUUAAACAACAAAUUAAUCAAUUAUUUAGCAAUAAUCAAUGUUUAUAGAAUUUUUUACCGUUGUUUAAACCGGUAUUUAAAGUUAAAUAGUGUUUAUAAGUAAGGCUGUCUAUGUUUUGUUUGAUCGAUAGGGUACAAGUGCACCUUGCUCAGUCUGUAUAAUUUAAGCACUAUACUAAAUUACCAGUGUACUCUAAUAUGACAAUGUUUUUGUAGAUAACGUUCGUUGGUUUGUUUGAUUUGUAUCUUAGGUGUAAAGUUUUCACGUAACAUAUGGUAUUUAAUUGAUACAUUGUAUAUAUACGUACAUUAUGUUCGAUACAAUAAAUAUCUAAAUAAUCUUCUUUGUAUCCAAUAUAUCAUUUUCCUAGGAUAC